AUGGGUUUUGGCACUCCAGAGAAACAAGAAUUCCUCAUUAGUCGACCCAAGCAACGCUCAUCACACUAUACAAUUUAUGAUGAUCCAAAUGCAGGUCCAAGUUUUGGCAUAAAUGAUCUUCGAUUCUAUAAACAAUUUAGUAGCGAGAGUAAUAAUUGUUGUGCAAUACCUACCGUCUUUGAGACAAAGAUUAUCAACGAGACUGAAUUUUUGGUUGAAGAUUAUGAAGUUUAUCAAAUUUAUUUGGAUUCCGAUUUGAAAAACCUAGAACUCUGUGAUUUGCAACUCCAAAGACUCAAGUAG